UAUACAUUCUGAUCGCCAUUUUCUAUCUUCGGCUCUGACUAGUUCCUCCUCCGUCUUCUUCCUUGCUCUCUGUGGCUACUCCUCUCAGACCUAGUCCGGCUUGCACUAAUCAAAUCUCAAUCUUCAGCCUUCUAUUUCUAUUUUAGCACAUCAGCUUCUGAUCUGAGUCUUCAGAAUUUCUAACUCGGAUCAAAUUUUUGACCAGUUUUUAGUGUCUGUUUUGCCUUGCUUCAAGCCAUUCACAGAAAAGUCUAUACUUCCUUUUGGGUUCAAGCAGUUUCUGGAUUUGUCUUAUCAGGGUUAAUAAAAUGGGUCGUGUUGGAGAUGCAGAAAGCACAUAGAAGAUACCAGAUAUCUGCCUGAGAUAUUUAGUUGAUCUCAUCAAAGUUAUUUUUGACUAUGGGUAGAGGCAGGGGAAAGGGGAAAAAGCAGAGGGUUACUUCUAAGCAGGAGGAAACUGGAAGUGGUGAAGAGGAAAGAAUUCCUGCCUACAGAAGAAGAGGAAGGCCACAGAAGCCACUGAAGGAUGAAACUGAAGACGUAGACACGACUGAAAAGAUUGGAGAAAAUGGUGAAAUCUUGAAUGGUAAUGUUUCCAGCAAUGAGAUGAAAACUCAGCUUGCACCAGAAAAUAAGAAAAAGAGGAAGAGGUCUGUACAGGUUAAAGAAAAAAUAGAUACCACAAAAGAAGAGAAUGGCAUCAGAACCAAGUCAAGCUCUGAUGACCCAACAAAGAUUGUUGGGUUCCGACAAAAUGGAAGCAGGCGGAAAAACAAGCCUCGUCGAGCUGCUGAAGCCGGAGUAGAUUGCAAGUUGAUUGUGAAUAUUGGAACUGCUGCUGUGUUCCCAAUGAUCUAAGUAACUCGUAUUAUCGAGUGAGUAUCCCUUUGCACAUUGAGAUGCAUUUUAAUUGGAACGCUAAUUGUUGAUGAGCCGAAGUUUGAGAGAGAACAAGAAAUCUAUACGGCCACAACAUAUGAUCUUGGGUCACUGAUGGAGGCAGUGAGUAUAUUCUAAUGCCUGAAAUUAGGAACUCUUGUUGCCAGCACGUUACAAUCUUCCCAAGAAUGGAUAUUAUGAACAAAUUCUCAAAGUGUUGGUAACGCAAGUUUCAAGCAUGUGAUUUUCCCUUUAUUCACGACAGAAGAUUCGUUCGGUUCCAGCACUUUACCCUCACGAUCUUACUCGCAACCCUUGGAGGGUUUAUGUGAUUUGUCGGCCCAUAUUCUUGAGUUUGACCCAAAAGGUAGUCCAAAGUUGAAGCCCAAUGUAUUAACCUUGUCGGCAUUAUUUUUAAUAUUUUUCUUGAUAAAUUCAAUUUCAGUGCCCAAUAAAAUAAAUAUAAUAAUAAAA